AUGUCUCGAGUCUACUUGCAUUCAUCUAAUCAGACUUCAUGUGCAUCCACAAAUGGCACAGAACUGAAAUCGAUCACUGAUAAUGAAACCACAAAUGAAAAAUGGACUGAAGACUCCUUUCCAGGAUUAGAAAUACUGUGCACAAUUUAUGUUACAUAUGCCGUGAUCAUUUCGGUGGGGCUCCUUGGAAAUGCUAUCCUCAUCAAAGUCUUUUUCAAGAUUAAAUCAAUGCAGACCGUUCCAAAUAUCUUCAUCACCAGCCUGGCGUUUGGAGACCUGCUCCUUUUGCUCACGUGCGUGCCCGUGGACGCGACGCGGUACCUCGUGGAUACCUGGCUCUUCGGCAGGAUCGGGUGCAAGCUGCUCUCCUUCAUCCAGCUCACCUCGGUUGGGGUGUCCGUGUUCACACUGACCGUCCUCAGCGCUGACAGGUACAGAGCCAUCGUGAAGCCCUUGGAACUGCAGACUUCGGACGCGCUCCUCAAGACCUGCUGCAAGGCUGGCUGUGUCUGGAUCGUCUCCAUGAUACUUGCAAUCCCGGAGGCUGUUUUUUCGGAUCUAUAUUCUUUUAGUAAUCCCGAGAAAAACGUAACUUUUGAAGCGUGUGCCCCCUAUCCUGUGUCCGAGAAGAUACUGCAGGAAGCUCACUCCCUGGUUUGCUUCUUAGUGUUCUAUAUUGUGCCAUUAGCCAUCAUUUCUGUCUAUUAUUUUCUUAUUGCCAGAACAUUAUACAAAAGUACCUUCAACAUGCCAGCAGAGGAGCCGGGUCAUGCCCGUAAGCAGAUUGAAUCCCGCAAGAGAGUUGCAAAAACAGUGCUGGUGCUAGUUGCUUUGUUUGCCUUUUGCUGGCUGCCUAACCACAUCCUCUACCUGUAUCGCUCUUUCACGUACCACUCCUCUGUAGACGCUUCUGCCUUUCACCUGGUAGCCACCAUCUUCUCCCGCGCCUUGGCCUUCAGCAACUCGUGCGUCAACCCCUUCGCUCUCUACUGGCUCAGCAAGAGCUUCCGGCAGCACUUCAAGAAGCAGCUGUGGGGCUGCCGGGCCCCGCUCCGCGCGCGGCCGCCCCGCGCGCCCCAGGGCCGCUCUCCGGCGCGGGCGCUGUCGGGCACGGGCAGCGCGCACGGCUCCGACAUCAGCGUCACGCUGCUCACGGACUGCAGCAUCACCAAGGAGGAGGAGAGCGUCUAG